AUGUUUUCCCUAAUUAAGUCUGUGUUUGCUAAUUCACAAGAUGGAAAAGCCCUAAGUGUGUUAAUUAUCGGAGAGUGCGAAUCAGGAAAAACAAGUUUGUUUAAUCUAAUUAGCAGUUAUCAUAACAAAAACAAAUAUGAUAUGAUGAACACCAUAAUAUCAACAGAAGAUAAGUAUAGUAAUUGUGCCCUCGGUUUUAACACUAAGACAAUUAGUUUCAAUAAAAAGAAUUUAAAAAUAUAUGAUUUAGAAGGGACAGCAACAAAUACCAUAGACAUAUACGACUGUUAUUAUGAUGAUGCAGAUGUUAUAUUUUAUGUAAUUGAUGCUAAGAAUGAAAAACAUAUUUUUAAAACAAUUCUUUAUUUAUCUUGUUUAAGUAGCUAUAACAAACUAAUCGGUUCAUGUACUAAUUGUAAAAAUAAAAAAAAGCAAACAAACAAAAAAGAGAUUUUAAAACCUAUUUUUAUACUAGGAAAUAAAUCUGAAGAUACUUCAGCAUUUUUUUCUGCCCCUUGUAUAUUAAAUUAUAUACAAUCCAUAGAUAUUUAUAAAAAUGACAAAUUUUGGCAAUUCUUUUUAUCCAAUGAUAACACAUUUUUGAAGUACUAUUUAAGUGUACUAUACGAAAAAAUAUAUGGUUAUAUAUUUGAUGGUUAUCUUUCUGAGCACCCUGUUGAAAUGACCAAGGAAGAAAAAGAAUCCCAACAGAGGGGAGAUGUAAUAAUUAAUAGACUGAAAGAAUCGGGAGAGGGUAUAACAACCAAUCAAAAGAGGGAUAUAAUGAAAGAUAAGCAAAAUAAGAGUCACAAGCAGGAAAGCGAAAAUCGAAAGAUGGGCAAAGAUACACAAAAUACGGAAGAAAUAGGAAAAAAAAAACAUUUGUUCUACCUUGAAGAGAUAAAAAUAUCAUGUAGUGACAUUGUGAACGAUAUAAAAAAUGAACGUAAAACUUCCAUAAUUGUAGAAGAUAUUGAGAAUAAUAAAAUAUUGGAAGAAUUUAUGAAAAAUAUUAUUAAGGAAAAUAUAGAUAAUUACAAACAUAAUCCCAUAUAUGUGUAUAACAUUAGCGUACGUAGAAAUAAAGGAAUUUAUGAAAUAAUUGAACAAAUUUUUGAAGAAUAUUUCACAAGCGAUAUUUACACAAAUGAAGACAAAACAUAUGAUAAUACACAGUAUCAAAAGCAAGUAAAAGUGACAAAACUCAUGAAUGAGCAUGCAUCUUGCAAUGUCAGAAAUGGACUAAAAGAAGAAUUAGAAGCAGAAUUAGAAGCAGAAUUAGAAGCAGAAGAAGAAGAAGAAGAAGAAAAAGAAAAAGAGAAAGACACGAAUUCGCUACAUACGUAUGGAAAGAAUGCCACAGGAGGAAAUAAAUUCAUUAUAGAAAAAAAUAAUCAGGAAGUUGAUGGAAGUAACGCACAUGGUUAUUAUUCUUAUUUUAUGAAAGAGGAUGUCGAAAAAGUUGAUAAUAGCUACACAGACAAUCCAUGCAUUUCUGCCAGGAAAGGCAGAAUGAGUGACACUACCCUAUAUGCAAAAUCAUGUACACGAAAAAAUAAUGAUUAUACCAUGUAUGAACGGAGUAAUCAUUCUGUUAACUUAUUCGUCGAACAUAUGCAGCACGUACACUUUGGGAAAAGAAUUUUUGAAUAUCCGCUAAAUAUGUUUUAUUUUUUGCACGGGCAAAAUGAAAAAUAUAGGAAAAAAUAUAGAAUUAAAAAGAAGAACCAGGACAAAAAAAAUCAAAGUCAAAUUCAUUUACAAGAGGGGCAGGAGAAAAAUAUGCUUCAUCUGAAAGAUCCCCACGAAACUGUGGAAGGGAAAGAAGCGAUAGAGGCUAUGGAAGGGAAAGAAGCGAUAGAGGCUAUGGAAGGGAAAGAAGCGAUAGAGGCUAUGGAAGGGAAAGAAGCGAUAGAGGCUAUGGAAGGGAAAGAAGCGAUAGAGGCUAUGGAAGGGAAAGAAGCGAUAGAGGCUAUGGAAGGGAAAGAAGCGAUAGAGGCUAUGGAAGGGAAAGAAGCGAUAGAGGCUAUGGAAGGGAAAGAAGCGAUAGAAGCUAUGGAAGCGAAAGAAACGAUAGAAGCGAAAGAAACGAUGGAAGCAAUGGAGGAGAUAGAAGCAAUGGAGGCGAUAGAAGCAAUAGACGCGAAAGAAACGAUGGAAGCAAUAGACUUGAAAGAAACGAUUGAAGCGAUCGACGCGAAAGAAACGAUGGAAGAGAAAGAAGUUUUCUCUUCAGACAGAACUUUUUCUUUUGAUAAUUUCCCCCCAGUGGAGAAAGCAAGCGAGACGGAAAAGGAAUAUAAAGAGUAUAAAGGAAAAAUGGUGCUGAGAAAUGUAAAAUCGGAAAGAAAAGGAGAGGAUGUGAAAAAUAAAAGAGAAGCAUUGGACAUCGAAACAAAUGAACUGGUAGAUAUAACAAAAAUUAAACUAUGGGAAGAAGCGAAAGAUAAAAAGUGGGAACUCGGUCAAAUGUGUGUCAUUAAAGAAUCAAAUGAAGAACAAAGAGAACAAAUAAUAGUAGAAAUGCGUGAAGACAAUAGAAAUCCCAUUGACCAUGAGGUCAUAGUUUACGAAGAAGAUGAAAAAAAAGAAAAAAUUCAAAAGGACCUUUUCCCGUUUGAUGAAGAACGAGAUAGACAGAAUUAUGCAAAUCUUGCUGAUUAUACUGAUUACUCAUCAGUGGAAAUGAAAAUAAAAGAUGGUAGCCAUAUUCAUGAAGAAAACAGUAUAAAUAAUUACACGAAUGAGGGUAAAAGUAUCAUACGUAAAGGAAAAAUUAAAAAAAAAAGAUAUUCCAUUGUGGAAAAAGAGAAAAAAAAAAAAAUUUUGUAUAGUGGUAAAAAUAAAAAUGAUAUAGAUGAAAAUUCAAGUAAUUCCCUGGAAGAUGUUAACUUGAUAAAUGUUAUGCGGGUUGAUUCGAUAAAUAAAAUUUGA